AUGUUACCGCUCAAAAGCGAAACACUUGUGAACGCAUACAUCGAUCGCAUAAAAAGCGUGAAUCCAUUGAUCAAUGCCUUAGUGUGCGAUCGGUUUGAGUCGGCUAUAGAGGAGGCCCGACAGGUGGACAGACGGGUUGCACAUGAAUUGGCGGGGAAUUCAUCAGAUGACGGGAAGUCCAUUAAAUCAAUGCCAUUACUGGGAGUUCCCUUUUCUGUCAAAGAAUGCAUUGCACUUAAAGACAUGUCUUUCACGGCCGGCCUAUACUCACGAAAGGGU